UUCAUGUAUAUUACUGUUGGUUUUCUGCAUUAUUUUAAUUUACCUAAAUGGUGUUUUAUGAGAUGUAUGUUUUUCUCAGAAAAGCUGAUGUUAGAUUGAGAUAAGUACCUUCAUCAGUAAUUUUCGUAUUUUUGUGAAUAACAAACGAUUGUUCGUCACUGUUGAAAAGAUAGAUAGAUGAUAAACUGGUUCCUGUGAAAGGUUACGACUUCCAUCACGUGCGAUUUCAAGUGAUUUACUAGCUGAAGAUUUGUAUAAGUGACUUUCUGAAGACUGCAUCUUUCGUAUCUCCACACAAUAUACCCUAUUUAAUGAAAAGUUCUUGAUAUCAAGUUGAAGUCGAUUCAAACGUACCGCGCAAAAAUCCGUAUAUGUGAGUGAUUUAAAUUAAAUGUAAAGAGGACUAGUUGACCGUUUUUGUGCGUGAAUCUUAAAAUCCUAAAUGCAAACUUUAGAAUACUCCUAUGUAAUGGUUUUAGUUAGUUCUUUUUGGGACAGAAUCACUUCAGAUUCGUAAUCAUUUACAAUUACAUUACCAGACAUUUUACCAAUAAGAGUAAAUUUUAUAAUUCAGUGUUUCAAUCUUGAUCUAUUCCCGUAUACUUGUUCUUCAAAAGGUAAGUUUCGGUUUAGAAGUGAGUAACCUAGUAACAACUGAUUAUCACGGUCUUUUCCCAGACCCCAUCUAAUCUUAGGUUAUUGAAUUACCGUCACCUUUUAGGUGGUUAGGUGUCACUAUUGUCGAUAUGGUCACAUCCUCCAUACAACCAGGUGUUUUCAUCUAGGUGGAAUGGAUAAUAAUGCUGGGGAAUUUAUUCGAUGAUAAGUUUGAGGAAAAGAACUUUUCGAAGAUUGAGUGUCAUCAAUUUUAAACUCCCAUACUUCUAGAUUAACCUAUUAUUGUUUUACUCAUUUACAUAAAAGUGUAUUAUUACAGGAUAAACUCUGUUUUGAGGUCUCAUACAACCUAUUGGUUUACAGUUUAGAUGAAAGUCAGUUGAAAUUUUCCUGCUAGAUUUAACAUUUGUCACUAAUUACAUGCAAUAUUAUUACAGUACAAUUACUUAGUUUCAAGUUAUUGACUUAUGAUGUUUCCUUUUUCAGUCUAUGGUAUCCAGUGCGUGGUCUGCAAUUCCUAUCUUGAUGGCCAGUUAUGCGAACCUUGGGAUCAGUUUACAUUCAUAACAAACUGUUCAAAGUAUCCCGGAAUUGAUGCGUCCAAACCAAUAAGCUGUCGUAAAAUCGAUCAAGUUGUGGAACAUGAAAGACGUGUAGUACGUCAAUGCAGUAAUGUUAUCGAUAAUCUGGGUUGUAUUGAUCGUGUUGGAACAAAUGAUGUACGAAUUCGUUAUUGUCAUUGCACAGAAGAUCUAUGCAAUUCAAUAACUGCAGUUAAACCACAAUCAUUCUAUUAUUUAUUCUCAUUAUCUGCCUUCACUUUUAGCUUCAUUAGAUUAUUAAUAUACACAUGAAACUCUUGAAUCCUA